GAUUAGAAUCUGACAUCUGACAACUAUUGGUGUCAAGUCAAAUUGCACAGUUAUGUUGUUUUUAUUUAUAAAUAUGUAAUCACGGUCGUGUUAAAUAUGAAACAUGCUAAGAAGUUGAUCGUAGUGCUAUCUGUAAUAGUCAUAGCACUUCCAUGUAGUUCCAGUGAGAGUGAUCCGUAUGCUAAAGAACCAUAUCAACCAUUGGGUCCUCUAGUGAAAUGUAGUUUCUUACCCCUAGAAUUCCUUGAGUGCGACGAACCUAUUGACCACAAAGGUAACACGUCCGCUAAAAACUCUACCGGAUUUGGGUGCACUAAAUUUGGUGGCGUCAGAUACGAUUCAGUUGAGAAAACAAGACUGCAGUGCAAAGCAUUGGAUGGCAUCGAAUGUUUUGGUCCCAGGAGCUUCCCACGUGACGGAUUCCCUUGCGUGCGGUACUCGGGGCACUAUUUCACCACUACCUUAAUAUAUAGCAUACUGCUUGGAUUCCUAGGCAUGGACAGAUUCUGUCUUGGACAGACAGGAACGGCAGUGGGGAAACUACUUACAUUAGGAGGUUUAGGUAUAUGGUGGAUUGUUGACGUCGUCUUACUGAUAACUAAUAGUCUUCACCCAGAGGAUGGCAGUAAUUGGAACCCUUAUGUUUAAGUUGUAUUUUAGUAUUGUUCCUACAUUGUUAUAAUUUGUGGAUUCUCUCACCUGAAUCAUCAGUCUACUGAAUGUCAUGUCAUAGAAGCUCAUAUAUUAUUUUGUCAUGUAUAAAGUUUAGGCCUUGCGGGCGAUUGUGAUAUUUUUCAUAAAAUGAAUGUAAAUAAAUUUAUCUAAUAAAAAUAUUAUUGUUAAAUCUCA